UUUUUGUUGAAACCAUCUGGCAACGCUAGGAGCUGGUCCCUCUCCCAGGCCUGGCUGGGAAAGUGGCCUGCUGCAGGGGAAACUCCUGAGGAGAAGGGGUCCCCUGCUGUUGGAAGCUAGCCAGAGCCAGCUCCUUUUAAAGGGCCUCAGAAAGAAGGAUCAACUCCUGCCGGGGAGAGCCAGGCUGCUGCAGUUGGGGUAGCCAAGGCUGGAGGAAAUGCAAUGUGGGGGCCUGGCACAGAACAGCUUCACACUGCUCAUUGGCAGCACUAGGUACCCGGUCAGGUGUCCUGUGAGUCCUCCCCACACAGAUGGCCUGUCCCCCUGGGCCCAGUGUCGCUCUAGCUGCCCUGGGUAGGGGUCCCUGCACCCACUGCAGUGGCCGUGCCACUUGUGUUCUCUCCCCUUCACUGCUGGCAUGUCCACAGGAGUCUUGGGCCCACUGACCCCUUCCUCUCCUUCCCUCUGCCCACUUGGCCAAUUCAUCGUCCAGCCCGUGGGCCUGUGCCAGGACCAGAGCAGUGCCUGGGAGGGGGAAGCCGUGCCCAGGCUCUGGGCAGGCGCGUCUCUGAAUGCAGGCAGUGCUUCACCCCCCUGGGUGCCCCAGUUAGCACCGGCCAAUGGGCAGCGUCCUAAGGACAGAGCAAUUGAAGGCUGGGUCCCACCUGUACCCCCUCCAGCCCCACACUCUGGUCCUAGCCAUGGCUAGUACAGCCGCAGGUAGGAAGAGGAGCCCUGGCAGCCCCAUGCUGAGCAGUGCAGGCCAGAAGGGCUGAGGGCCCUGGGAGGCAGCCAGCCCACUGCUGACACCAACCAUAUGCCACAGACGAGCCCUACACGUGGCCUUUUGUCAGGCCCCCUCCCCUCCCCGGAUCAUUGCUUAGCUUUUAAACUCCAGCUACACCCUCUGCAACCCGUCUUUAGGGCGGAGCCCCAUGGAGGGCGCGAGGCGCUGCGCUCGGUGCCUAGGACUGCCCUUCCUCUGCAGCUGGGACAGCUUCUGGGCCACCCCUCUCCCCACCGGCAGGCAGGGCCCGGCCACUCACCUGGCUGGAGCGAGGGGCGGCGCCAGGCAAAGUUCCUUCCCGGGGCCCUGCGGGCUGGGAGACAGCAUCCAGGAGCGGCUGCCAGGGCCCGGGACCCAGCAAAAGCCGCCCCGCCCUACGGAGCCCAGGCUCAGGCAGGAGAGCCAGGGCGGCCGGCUGGGAUCCCCGAGGGAGGCGGCUGGGGCGGAGCCCGCGGGGAGCAAAGGCGGGCACGUGGGGACGCGGGCGGGCCGGGGAUAAAAGCCCCGGGAGCCGCCGGGCGUCUGUGCUGAGCCGCAGCUGCGGGGCGGGACCCUGGGCGCAGGGGCCCCGGCAGGAGAAUGAGCGGGGCCGGCCCCUGCUUCCCCGACAGAGAGCCCGGCCGGGGCCCCCGCGCAGGGAGCCGCCUGGAGCGGGGCGCUGGGGGCAGCCCGGCGGGGCCGAGGAGGAGGCGGCGAACCACGUUCAGCCGGGGGCAGCUGAGCGAGCUGGAGCGGGUGUUCGCCGCGCUGCCCUACCCGGACAUCGGCACCCGUGAGCGCCUGGCCGAGCUCACGCAGCUGCCCGAGGCCAAGAUCCAGGUCUGGUUCCAGAACCGCCGCGCUCGGAGGAUGAAGAGCGGGAAGCUGGAGCGGCCAAGCUGCCGGAGGGUUCUGGCCAGCAAACCGCCUCCCUCCUGCCCCCCGUCGCCCCGGGGCAGCGCCCUCCUGCCCCCGUGCCCAGGCGCCAGAAGACAGCAGGGGCCUGAGCUCCACCUGCUAGGCGGCUCCCCGCAGCAGUGCCCAGGCCCAGCGCUCCCCUGCCUGGUCUCUGCCUUCCCGGGGCAGGCCCGAGGGGAGGGCAGCUGCCAGCCCCCCUGCAGUCAGGGGGGAGCCCAUUGGCCUCUGGCCAGCCCCAACCAGGCAGGGGUACCAGGAGUGGAGCCUGCGACCGGUGAGGGGCUCUCCUACUGGGACGUGUUCCCUGUGCAGACCUCCUUGGGGUGCAUCUCUGACCUCAUCUACAACGCAGCCAUCAUCACCGACCUGGGUGAGCCCUAGGCUGGCCCUAGCUGAGGUGGGUGCUGCAGAGGUGCUGGGGGGCAUCCCUCCGGCCUGGUGCUUAGCUGCUCAGCACCCAGCACCAGGAGAGUUCUGACACCAGCGCUGCUGGGGCUGUGCCAGGCAAGGGCUUGAGCCCUGGGGUGCCAGCUAGAAACCUGUUGCUCAGGGACAUGGGAGCAAUGCCAGGCUACCAUGGGAGAGCAGCUGCCACACCUGUUAGCGGUGUCGGCUCCCAACCCCCACUCCAUCUACGCACUGUGAACUGGCGCAAACACUGGCCUGACUAGCUGUGGGGCCCUGGCCACUCUGGGCUGCCGUGGGACAAGGAGGGUUAAGUGUCUGAAUCCCUGGGGUGGGCCCUGGCUAAAUUAAUCUGAAGGGAGGCUCUGCUCUCAGGGGUUUACAGGAUCCUGGCUUUCUUGGGUGGGCAUGUGCUUGCAAAGCAAUUCUGGGCCAGUAACUGAGGGGCCAUGCCCCCUCCCCAGCUUAGCGCUGUAAUUUUCAUUAGAUUGGAAGUAUGAUUGCACGGAUGCCUUAAGAUCUUUGUGAUACCAUCCAAUAUCCUAACUGCAGGUUGGUGCUGGGGGCUGGCGGCAGGGGGCUGCCGCCUGAGCCUGUGUAUCCCAAUCAGCAGUAAUACCAACUAAUCUUUCAAAAAAUACCUUAAUCUCAGGCUGUAUUUGCAAAUGACUGUGGCCAGGCCCGGCCACAGCCUUUAUCUACAUUACCUAAUCCUAGCUCCAUGUAGCAUUUCCAGGUUCCAGAAUAGAUUUGCACAUAUCAGAAAUAUUAAAGCGCAUUUCUAGAAGGGGCUUAGCAGACAUCAGAACAUUAAUCAACAUUGUUAGCUCCUGGCACGCUGCCCGCCUGCUAGUCCCUCCCUGGCCAAGCUGGGCAUCCGCCAGCUGCAGUGGAGUGGGGAAGCCCACUGCAUGGGGAAGACAGAGUCAAGGCUCAGGCCUCACCUAGCAGGACAGGUGCUGAUCCCCCAUGCUCAGCAGCAAACCCAGCCUGUGGGGCAGGCUUCCCUUCCUGCCCCCCUUGCUGCAGCUCUGGCAGCGGUAGAGCUUCCUUAUGUGGGGGCUUGUGCCUGGGAGCCCCCUUAUUAUUGCCUGCCAGUAACUGCAGAGAGGAGCAUGGUGGGAGGGGCCAUAGGAAUCUCUCUGACACUCGGUUAUCUUUGCUGCCAGCAAUAGAUCACUGCAAGACUUAUCCCUGGGCACAGGGACAGGUGUUUCUGCCAGCCCUCCCCAAGGCUGUGGGCCUGCUCGCUGGCUUGGAUUCUGCCUGGAGGAGGGGGAUUCUGGGACACGUUUUCAGCAGCUGGGUCCAUGCCUGAAAAUUACAUACCCAAACCCAUCCCCCAGAGGGGGGCUGCCAGUCCUGUUAGACAGGCAAUUCAAACGGCCAGCUUCAGUAGGGCAGUUUAAAAGCCGGAGUGGACGUUUUCCUAAACAGGUUUAACACAAGUGUGAUAAUAUUCAUCGAAAAGUCUGAUUUCUCAUUUGGAAGCACUCCAGUGAAAUGUGGAGGCAUGUGCUUAAGACACACUAACAUCAGUGGAAUUUAAGCACGUGCUUCAGCAUUUUGCUGAAUUGGGGCCUUGCUUGGCUCAAAUGAAUUCAGGCCCUCCAACUUAAGUUUACAGGGGUUUCUGUUAAUAUGUAAUAAGAGUGAUGCUUAAUUGUGUGUCAGAUCUGCUCCCUUGUGUGCAGGGGUAGCUUUUGUUAAAAUGUCAUUCAGAAGUAAGUGUGUG